UUCCUGUAGGGGGAAGAAUACCUGCCUUAAGAUCAACCCUGACUUGAGCCCUGACACUGUCAACAUGAUGAGUAACCAUGUCAACGAUUUGAGCAAAAUCAGGGCUAAUGAGGACUUCAGACUGACUUUCAUGUUCGGAGAUGAAGAAAAGUCUCUUAAGUUCAUUGACGUCCUCAGUGAACAAAAACCCAAGAUCCUGGGAUCCCUGACACAGAUGGAAGCGUGUGCAGUACAGCUCGACAAGAUGAAGAAAGGGGCAGAUAUCUCCGGUGUUGCUGGCAGCACUGUGGGGGUGGGUGCAGGGGUGGUGUUCAUAGUUGGGCUGGCCUUAGCCCCAGUGACACUGGGGGCAUCCAGCAUACUCAUUCUGGUUGGAGGGGUACUGGGAGCUGUUAGUGGUGUAAACAGUGUAACUACAGGCAUCACUGAAGCAGCAAUUAAUUCUCGUAAGAAAAAGAAUUUCAGUGAAAUAUAUCAGAAGUUUUUGGAGGAUUUGGAGCCCAUAUAUAAAUGUCUAGCCCAAGUGAUUAUCAUUAAAGGUCCAUCAGUGGAGAAUGACAUUGUACAUGACAUGACAAAUGCUGGAAAAGUCGGUGGUACUGUCUUAAGUGUUUAUAGGACCGUUGACGUUGCUCUGGAUUGUAGCAGAUUGAUGAAAUUCACUGAUGCAGCAUCUGAUCUUGCUGAAAUUGGGGGUGUUGCCAAAGCAGCCCCCACUGCCCUCUCCGUGCCUUUCAGGGCAGCUUUUAUUGCUGGUAAUUCGGCAUUGAUUGGGCUGGACCUCUUUUUCAUUGUAAACAAUAGCAUCAGCCUGGCCAAUGGGAGCAAGAGUGAUGUUUCCAAAGCCAUCCAAGGGCACGUGGAUUUUUGGAAGAUCCAUUUGGAUGCGUGGGAGCGGAUCUGUGACUCCCUGCAUAGAGGCAAACAGGAUUUCCAGGAGAGUAAGACCAUUCUAGAGAAGCCAUUUUACCCAGAGCUGUAGACCAGUGAGAAAGUGCAGCUCAACAGGAGGUUUGUAACUGCUGUAGCAUCAACUGAUCUGUUUGAAAAUGGUUUCCAUCUGAGCAGUCGGUUAUAAAUUAUCUGUUAUAAAUCAUCCAUUGUAAAUCAUCGGUUAUAAAUCAUCGGUUAUAAAUAAUAUAUUAUGAAUUAUCGGUUACAAAUCAUAGAUUAUGAAUUAUCGGUUAUAAAUCAUAGGUUAUGAAUCAUCGGUUAUAAAUCAUCUAUUAUAAAUCAUAGGUUAUGAAUCAUCCAUUGUAAAUCAUCUGUUAUAAAUCAUCGGUUAUAAAUCAUCCAUUGUAAAUCAUCUGUUAUAAAUCAUCGGUUAUAAACCAUCCAUUGUAAAUCAUCUGUUAUAAAUCAUCGGUUAUAAAUCGUUGGUUAUAAAUAAUCUGUUAUAAAUCAUCUGUUAUAAAUCUAGUCAUAGUUAUAACUGUCUACAUUUAUUUGUUUAGGGUUAGGAAAGUUUAGAGGUUUGAAACUCCAUCUAUGUAGCCUCAUUGUUCUAUUAUUCAAUGGAUUUCCUGAGAAUUGGUACAUGACUAUAGAAACAGCUGGACGUGUUUGCAGUGAGAAUUUAUUUUUUAGGUUUCUGUCUUUCUCGUCCCAUGUAUGUCCAACUUCCUCUGCUUUCUGAACAAUCUCUCGUUAAG